UCUGCCCACAGCCGGGAAGCCAGGAGCGAGGACACAGCUCAGUGAAGAUGUCUCUGUCCCAGACUGACCGCGCUCUGGUUCUUGCGCUAUGGAAAAAGAUGAGCACCAAUGUUGGGAUCUACACGACCGAGGCCUUGGAGAGGACCUUCAUGGCUUUCCCUGCCACCAAAACCUACUUCCCACACUUCGACCUGAGUCCCGGCUCUAGGCAGGUUAAAGCCCAUGGCCAAAAGGUGGCUGAUGCUCUGACUCUCGCUGCCCACCACCUGGACGACCUGCCUGGUUCUCUCUCUGCUCUCAGCGACCUGCAUGCUCACAAGCUCCGCGUCGACCCCGCCAACUUUCAGUUCUUCAGCCACUGUCUGCUGGUGACUCUUGCCCGACACUAUCCUGGAGACUUCAGCCCAAAGAUGCACGCCUCCCUAGACAAGUUCCUGGGCCUUGUGACUUUGGCACUGGUCUCCAAAUAUCGCUGAGGAUGUAUCCUGGGAUCCCAAAGCAAGGUUCCAAGAGGCUGGAAUUUCAGCCAAGCUGGAG